AUGGAAGCAUAUAUAUUACUGAUACAACAUCAUAAAAAAACAUUUUAUAAACUAAUUGAAUAACUUGGAUUCUAUUUCUUUUAAAAACCAAGUAUAAUAAUUAUUUAAAUAUAGGUUCAAUCUAUAUGUAAAAUGACUAAGCUUCUGAAAACAUAAAAAAAAAGAAUGAAGCAUUUAAAAAAUCAGAAUCUUUUAUGUAAGAAUAAAAUGAGCUAGAUAUACUUUCCAAGUAUGAAGCAAUAGUUCCAGAAUUAACUCACGAUAAUAUUGCUAUUUUAAUAAAUUUAUUCAAUGAUUAACGAGUUUUGUCUAUUAAUCAUAAUUAUUUAGCAAUUUAAGAUAUUUCCAUCAUUAAAAAUAUAGAUGAGAUUAUUAAUAAAUUUUAAAUUAAUAUUAAUUAUAUAAAUUAAUAAAAUGAUAGAAUUUGGCAAUAACAUAUAAAUAUGUGA